AUGCAUCGAGCUACACAACACGGAUCGACCCCGGUUGAACCUGACUCCGAUGCCGAGGCCUCAUCAUACCCUGAUUCACUUGACAAUGCCAGUUACACCACAAGUAUCACAUCGAGCGUGCUGGACUAUCAAUAUGAAAACGGUCGCAGAUAUCAUUCAUAUCAUGAAGGGGAAUACAUUUUGCCAAAUGAUGAACGGGAACAAGACCGUCUUGAUCUGAGCCACCACAUUUACCUAAUGCUCCUCAAAGGAGAAUUUACAAAUCCAGACUGCGAGGUGAUUGGAAUUGACCUAAGUGCUAUUCAGCCAUCAUGGGUGCCUCCAAACUGCCGCUUUGAGAUUGACGACUUUGAACAACCAUGGUCGUACAGCAAACCAUUUGACUAUAUCCAUGGACGCGAAUUGGAAGGUUCCAUCCGUGACCAUGACCUUCUUUUCAAACGGGUACUUAGCAACCUGAAUCCCAAUGGAUGGUUUGAGAUAGCGAGCUUCGACGUCAACACUUAUUCGGACGACGGAACUCACCUUGGCGCAACCAACCUUCUCUUAUCCAUCAAGCACAUGCAUGAAUCAGCGCGCAUGUUUGGCAAGGAUAUGACAUCGUCCCCAUCCUGGAAAACGCGGAUGGAGAAGGCUGGGUUUGUGAAUGUCAAAGAAGAUAUCUACAAGCUGCCCCAGAGUCCAUGGCCUAAAGACCCCAAGCUCAAGGACCUUGGUCGGUACCAUCAGCUCAACAUGCUUGAAGCUAUGCCUAUUUAUACAUAUGCGUUGUUUUCAAGAGUGCUUGGGUGGACACGCUCCGAGAUUGAAGGGCUGUUGGCAGGAAUUCGAAUGGAGCUGCGAGAUACAUCGCAUCACCUGUACACAAAAUUGCGGGUGGUUUACGGCCAGAAACCCGGAGAACCUAUGAGUGCCUAA